ACUUGCCAUUCUCUACACGCUCAACACAAUCCCACCAUGCCACGAAUCAACCCACUAGACCACCCCGAGAUUCUAUUCGCGGUCGGCGAAUGCAUCCCAGUCUUCCAGCGCCAAUCCGCGGAUUUUAAGUACACCCCGCAGACACUCCUUCGCUGCUGCCGUGUCUCCAAGUUCUGGCGCAAGAUCCUGCUGCCCUUCCUAUGGCGAGUGCACGACGCACAAGCGAUGGAUAAGGUUCCCAUGAAGGUCCUGACCAUGUACAGCCAUCAUUUCCGGUGGUUCUACACCGACCCUUUCGUAGCCCACUACAGCAAACUUCAAGCACCGAUCUAUACCCAGCUCCAAUUCCUCAUCAUGACUGCAUCUUUCAGCCCAGCAUUCGCGCUCCAGUUGAUCGGCGCAAACAAGGACUUGCAGCGCCUCAAGCUGUAUAAUAUCCGUCCUUUCGAAGAGAUGCCAGGGAAACCAGCACCGCCUCAGCAAACAAACGACCCAUCUGCAAACGAGAAGGAGGAAGGCGCCCAGGCUCCGGUUAAUCCGCGUACCAUAGAACCCCUGGCUCAUGUCCGGACGACACUACAAGAGCUUUCGUUGCACCGAAUAAAGUUAAGCGGCUCUGAUCUCCUACAGCUCCUGCGUCCGUUUGCACAAGGCAGUCUUCAGAGUCUGACGCUGGGGGAUCUCUCGGGAACGAACGAUCUCGGGGACUUGACCUUGGAGAACGUGAAGUACCUAGAUCUCUGCGACAACAAUUUGAUGGAGCCCAGUCUCGAGCACAUCGUCGGACACUGUCCCGCAUUGGAGCACUUGGAGCUGAUCUUCAAGGAUAUCAACGCCAUCAAGGACCUCAUCCACAUCAUGCAGGGGACGCUGGAGGUGGAGACAAAGAAGGAGAAGAUCAAGCGCGAACAAGAAGGCAGGAAGCGUCCGCAAUGGUCGCGUCCGCAGCUCAAAAUUCUCCACCUGUUCUCGCACCCACUCCCACAGCUCGUUUUAACAAAUCGAGUCAGCAACAACCCCAAAGUAUUGGCGCUGCUCCGCGCAUGUAGCAGCGCGUUCAAUCAUUCCAAAACCGGAUAUCAAGGAAGCCUUCGUGAGCUCAACAUUCAGCUCUGGGUGCUCGACGACAACGCACGGAAAGCGAUUGAGAUGCACCGAGAGAGCUUGGAGGUGCUUAAGAUCAGAAUCCUGAUACGCAAUCAUGGCCAUCGGCUUCCAAUUGCCGAGGCCCAUCAAGGACAAGAGAUUAGGCGGUUACUGAGGGUGUGUCAUCGCCUUCGAAAAUUUGAGUUCUGGGACAUGAAUUGGGAGGCGGACGUGAGUACGAUUAUGGAGGAUAUGAUGAAACGGAAGACCGACAGCAACAUCUUCGACGGUGACGACAGCUCGAGCAGUGAGAAGAGCGGAGACGACAUUAGUGGUGUCCAAACGAACAUCGACGGACGACAACGACGAGAACUAAAGGGUCGACCUACAGACGCAAUACGAAAUGCAGAACUGGAGAUUUUGGUACUGAAGGCUGGACUGUACCUGAUCUCUUCCGAGUCAGAAGCGGAGGAAGAGGACGAGAGAAUGUAUCCGGAUGUUCCUGCGGAUGCAUUCGCUCGCCAAGAUGGGACGUGCGCGUGGAAGAUGCCGAAACAAAAUUGGAACCCGAGGUUCAUUGACGGCGUUGAUAAUCUGUUGAACGUACGGUGGCACAGCUUUGAGCUGUUUGAGGAGACCGAUGUCGUCGCUGAGAGGGAGAAUGAGGGCGGCGAACUAAUUGGGGACUUUCUACGCUUCCUUGGGCCGUGGAGGGCACUGAAGAAGCUGGAGUUGGGUCAGCUCAAAUUCAUUAGGGCUGAGAACGAGAGAGCGAUCUUUGAUCACAGCGACCGAGGACUUACUUGUUGCUCGGUGGUUUAAGUUACUAUCUGGACUCAGUCUAGACAGAAGCAAGCGUGUAAAAUAGGCUAUAUGCCACACGGACAGUGUGAACACGAAUUUUUUUUUUUCGUGAACAGGUUGGGGACUGAAUAAAAUGCGCCGUUGCUGCUCUCCACGUUGUUCAGUGAAGCGG